GCAAAUCACAAUGCAAUAUCAAAAUGGCGCAUAGAAGUCGAAAAUCGAUCAAAGCAAUAAAUUAUUAGAGAGGGACUGGAGAUGUAUUCACCAUCACACCAUCAGUUAUUUAUUUAUUCCAUUUAUACUUAGAGAGGAAAGGGAAUGUUUCCUAAAGAUGAAAAUGGAAAGAUCCGUUACAGUGACACAGACUUCACUGAUACAUGGAAGGCAAUGGAAUUACUAGUUGAUGAAGGGUUAUGUAAGGCAAUCGGCUUGUCAAAUUUUAACAGGAAACAGGUGGAUAGGGUGAGCGCAAUUGCCCGUGUACCAGUGUCUGUUUUACAGGUUGAAUGUAAUCCAUACUUGACCCAAGAAGACCUCGUAUCUUAUUGCGAAUCAAAAAAUAUUGUUAUGACAGCAUAUAGUCCUCUAGGAUCGCCGGCCAGACCAUGGAUAAAAGAAGAAGAUCCAUUUCCACUGAAAGACCCCAUAGUAGGCACAAUUGCCAAGGCUCACAAUAAAACGCCCGCACAAGUGUUGAUACAUUUCCAGUUACAAAGAGGAUUAAUCGUCUUGGCAAAAAGUGUUACCCCUGCACGAAUAAAAGAAAACUUCGAGGUAUUGGACUUUGAAUUAAGUUCAGAAGAAAUGAAGGCAAUCAGUGGGUUAAAUCGCAAUUAUCGUGGAUGUUUACUGGAAUGGCUUUCGGACCAUGAGCACCACCCAUUUUUCAAAAAUGGAGAACGUACUGAUGACUGCAAAUGA